AUGAAUAACCUACAAGCUAUUAAGUUUUUUGAUAUCAUUAAAACUCAUCAUAAACAUAUUAAUGAUGAUUUUGAACAACCUCAGAUUGUUAUACCAACACUUAGAUCUUACCAGCGAAGAGCUGUGAAAUGGAUGGUUGAUAGAGAAAAAAACAACGAUUUUGUUAAAUGUGAUGGGUCUCCGUUUAGUGGAGGCAUUUUAGCUGAUGAGAUGGGUCUAGGAAAAACUGUUGAAAUGUUAUGUUGCAUCAUGGAAAAUACAGCACCUCCCGAAUUUUAUAACCAAAAAGUUGUGAUUAAAGACUGUAUAAAAAAACCAUUGGUUCAAAGCCCAUCUACACCAUCGACGAGUAAAUAUAUAGAAUACACCAAUGAUAAAGAUCUUGAAGUAAAAUCAAAAAGUAGUUCACGAAGUAUGCUAGAAAGUUGGUAUAAAAGUGUAUUGAGUGAAAUGAGUACAGUACCAAAGAAAAUCAUUGAAAGUAAUGUUGAUGAAGAUACACAUAUUGUUGCGUGUUAUUGCAAGAAAGCACCACGUAAAAGUAUCAUAGUGUAUUGUACAAUGUGUGGUAAAGGCCAGCAUGCACAGUGUGUACAUUUUGAACCCAAACCAUUUCAAGAAGUGCCAUACUUGUGUUCUAAUUGUUGGAUUGUAAAUGAUAGACUACAGUGCAAGGCUACUUUGAUUGUUGUACCACAGUCUAUUUUAAACCAGUGGAUUGACGAGAUAGAAAAACAUAUUGCAAAACCUGGUCUAAAAGUUUAUGUUUACAAUGGUGUGCAUGAUGGUUAUAUUCAACCUAUUUCUUUCAGUGACUACGAUAUAGUUAUAACAUCGUAUACUACCCUCUCAAGAGAUUUAAACUAUGUCUCAGAUGUUAAUGUGGAUAGUCAAAAUUGUACUCGUUUGCGACAUUCAAAAAAAUACAAUUAUCCUCAGUCACCAUUGCCUUGCAUUAAAUGGUGGCGAAUAUGUUUGGAUGAAGGUCAAGCAAUUGAGAGUGCAAGUAGCAAAGUAUGUGAUAUGACAGUCAAUCUCAGAUCUGUCCAUAAGUGGGCUAUGACUGGUACACCAAUACAAAAAUCACUAAAUGAUCUUUAUGGUAUUUUAAAGUUCCUAGAAGUAAGUCCUUACUGCCAUCGUAAACAGUUUCUGCAGCUAAUGAAGGGCGAAGAAACUAUUAUGUAUAUAUUUUUUUCAAAAUUGAUAUGGCGUAGUUCAAUAGACGAUGUCAAUUCGGAGUUAAACAUACCAAAACUAACUCAUGAACAGCAUUGGCUAACAUUUUCCCAGAUUGAAAAAUAUUUUUAUCUAAGCCAGCAUGAUGAUUGUGCUACAAUUUUUGCUGAUAGUGUAAACAGGCUGUUUCCAUCCUUAGAUAUAUCAGUAAAGAAUAUUGACAGGAAAAGUAUAUAUACUAUCAUUGGACCAUUAUAUAAGCUUCGGCAAGCUUGUGUACACCCUCAAGCUGUGAAUGGACAGUUUUUAAAAAUAAAAGGAACAAUGACAAUGGAAAAGUUAAUGGAUGUAAUGGUAGAUAAAUGUCGUAUUGUAUGUAAUGAUUAUUUACGUACACUUGUUUCCCAGCACAAUGCCCUUGCUGGAUUGUAUCUUAUUCGUGGAGAACCAGCCACUGCUGUUGAACAUUAUAGGACAGUGUUAGGUUUAAUGGAAAAAUAUAAAGAUAAAAAACUUAAAAUCGAUACAUGUCAGAAAAUCCAUGUUAUGUAUAAUUUGGUUUCUGUACUUGAUGAAAAUACAACCAUAAGCCGUGCAUUAAAUGAUUCAGACUUAAAAAGAGAUAUGGAAGUACUUGAAAAAGAAUAUCUUGACGCUAGUAAACAAAAUAUUGAAUCGACUCAUAGAACUGUUAAGUUUUAUUCGGAUAAGGUAGCUAAAAUUCUUGGGAAUAAAACCUUAGGUUAUUCUAAGUGGUGGUCAGACAUGUUGGAUUGGAUUUUUUCACCAAAAGACUUCUUAGCCAAAGUACAAAUGGAGUUGGAGGAUUAUCGUGUGCCUGGUGUUCCAAAUAUUGCAAACCGAUUGAAGUCUGAAAACGAUGUUUAUAAUAUUCUUGGUGUUUGGCUUUCUGACCUAAAUACAGCAAGAAUAGACACAAUAUCAAUACUAAAAGCUUUAGAAGAAGCACCCAUGAAUGACUUGGUUCAAAGUGCAUUAGUAUGUCAUCUACGUUUAAAAUCAAAAAAGGGGAAUUCAAAAAAUAGGAGGUGUUAUUUAUGUAAGGCUGAAAGUGAAUUACAAGUAUAUGAAUCAUUGUUGUUUAGUGUUUCUAAUAAACAAAAGAAUACAUUCAAUGAUACAGCUGUAGAAAAAGAUCAAGAAACCAUGUAUGAAAGUACUAGUAAAGGACUUUGGAAGAUGUCUCAAAAAGAAUUUUUACUUAUGAAACUAUUUCAAUACGGACAAGCCAAAAUUAUAAAUAAAAGCUGUUUGGAAGAUGCAGCUGAACAUAUGAAGGUAUUGGAGUUAGUACGUAAAGAAUUUCGUUACUUACGGCUUCUAUGGACUCAUCUCAGUGAUAGUCUUUCUGCGCAUGAUGAGAUAGUUAUGGCGAAGUCAAGGUUGAGACUUGGAGAUAAUAUUACACCAGCAGCUAACGAAGAUGGUCCACCUAAAAAAAAGUCUAAAAGAGAAGAUGAAAAUGAUGUUAUUUUGGAACAAUAUGUGGAUUAUAAUUUGAUGUCAUUAACUGGAGAUAUGCCAAUAACUGCUUCUUAUUUAGAAAAAAAAGUUGGAACCCUACAUUAUCUAGAAAAUUUAAAAAAAGAAAAAGAAAACUCUACUGAAGUUGAUACAUGUCCAAUAUGUUGUCUGAAUGGUGAAGCCGGGUGGGCAGUUUUACAAUGUGGCCAUAGUGUGUGUAAUCAGUGUUUAGCAACCAUGUGUAAUCAUUCAGAUGCCUUUGAGAUAGAUUGUCCUAUGUGUAGGAACACUACCCCAAUGGAUUAUAUAUCCUAUGUAAAAAAUAACCGAGAAGGUGAAGGGUCAAACAUAGUAAUCAAAGGAUCGUUUUCUACUAAAAUAGAAAGUGUCACUUUAAAACUAAUAGAAUUGAUUACUCAGGAUCCAGAUGUGAAAGUUUUAAUAUUCUCAAAUUGGGAUAAAGCCUUAAAUCUUCUUGGAGAAGCUUUAGAUCAAAAUUCAGUCAGUUAUAGGAUACUAAAACCAGGAACUAAAUAUAAAAAAAUACUAAAAGAUUUUAAGUCAAAUAAGAAAAUAAAUGCAUUAUUAAUGAAAUUGAGCCUGGGUUCAAAGGGAUUGAAUUUAACUGAAGCAACAAGAAUAUUUUUCAUGGAGCCAAUAAUUAACAAAGCAGAUGAGCAUCAGGCCAUUGGGAGAAUUCAUCGAAUAGGACAAGCCAAACCUACAUUUGUACAUAAUUUCAUUAUUCGAAAUUCUAUUGAGGAAAACAUCACAAAUUUAUUCUCCGGUGACAUGUUCGACAGAUGGGAUGAUAUAACACUGUCUCAACUAAUUAGAGUAUUUGAAAGAAAUGAAUCUAAUUCACAAUAUUAG